AUGAGUCGAUUAAUGCGGGCCAUGUGGACACGUCUGAAGACGCUGUACCGUUGCCGCAGAAGGUUGGUCGUAAAUAAUCUGGCGGGAAUGUACCAACGCAAUGGAAACAAGCGGAUAGGCUGCACCUUUUCAGGAAGCGGCAAAAAGACCCGACCCAAUGCACAGGGACGAGGAUACGCGCGCAAAAACCAUACCAAUGCAGAAUUGCGGCGUGAAGUGAGCUGA